CGAGAUUACAGUUUCCUCUUCGCUUUCGCGUCGGUGACGGUGCAACUAAUUUUCGGUCGUCCCGAACCCGGGUUCAUCCGACACCUAAACCGUGCGCCUCUGUAGGUCAAAGCCAGCGCGAUGCCUCCUAAAUUUGACCCCAACGAAGUUAAGAUCGUGUACCUCAGAUGUACGGGUGGUGAAGUUGGUGCAACUUCUGCUUUGGCUCCUAAGAUUGGUCCAUUGGGUCUGUCUCCCAAGAAAGUGGGUGAUGACAUUGCCAAGGCUACAGGUGACUGGAAAGGCCUUCGUAUCACAAUCCAGCUGACCAUCCAGAACCGACAGGCACAGAUUCAGGUUGUCCCAUCGGCUUCCGCCCUGAUCAUCAAAGCUCUGAAGGAACCACCCAGGGACAGAAAGAAGCAAAAGAAUAUUAAACACACUGGCAGCAUCACCUUUGAUGAGGUGGUUAAUAUUGCCCGGCAGAUGAGGCAUCGUUCUCUAGCGAGAGACCUUUCAGGAACUGUGAAGGAAAUCCUUGGAACUGCUCAGUCUAUCGGUUGCAACAUUGAUGGCAAACAUCCUCACAGUGUCAUUGACGACAUCAAUGAAGGCAAUAUUGAAUGUCCUACUGAAUGAAGAGAAAGUGCAAGGUAUCAGUUUCCCAGCAAAGUGAAAUAAAAUCUUUUGAGAUAAA